GGCUCUCGCCAUGGAGCCUUGGGACCGGGGCGCGCAGCCCUCCAGCCGCCCGAUGGGGGCUCAGGCGGCGUCCCCGCGGAGGAGCCCGGCAUCCCCGGCCCACGCAGGCACCCCGCAGCCCCCUCCCAGGCCGGCUGAGACUCACUGCCUGGCGCGGGGGCGGGGGCGGCGGUGACUUAACCUGCGCGGGGGGUAUGGCGGUGGUAGUGGUGAGGGCAGGUGGGGGCACUGCCCUUUUUGGCCAAGGGUCACACAACAUCUACAUCACAAUUGGGCCAGAGUUUUAAAAUGUCUGGCCCUGUCCCUCCCCACCACCUGCGGCUGUGUUCAGACGGAGAAUGUCCUAGCGCUGGGGGCGGCUGUGGAUGAAGUCCUUGGGGGGAAAAGAAGCGGGCCAAGGGUGAUGGUGGAGUAGAGCUGCCUCGCCGAGGCAGCAUGAGCUGAGAGAGUGAUAGGAAAGAAGGAGGCGCUAGACAGCAUGGAGGACUUUCUGCUCUCCAAUGGGUACCAGCUGGGCAAGACCAUUGGGGAAGGGACCUACUCAAAAGUCAAGGAAGCACUUUCCAAAAAACACCAAAGAAAAGUAGCAAUUAAAAUUAUAGACAAGAUGGGAGGGCCAGAAGAGUUUAUCCAGAGAUUCCUGCCUCGGGAGCUCCAGAUCAUCCGUACCCUGGACCACAAGAACAUCAUCCAGGUGUAUGAGAUGCUGGAGUCUGCUGACGGGAAAAUCUACCUGGUGAUGGAGCUGGCUGAGGGAGGGGAUGUCUUUGAUUGUGUGCUGAAUGGGGGGCCCCUGCCUGAGAGCCAGGCCAAGGCCCUCUUCCGUCAGAUGGUAGAGGCCGUCUGCUACUGCCAUGGCUGUGGUGUGGCCCACCGGGACCUCAAGUGUGAGAAUGCCUUGUUGCAGGGCUUGAACCUGAAGCUGACUGACUUUGGCUUCGCUAAGGUGUUGCCCACGUCACGUCGGGAGCUGAGCAAGACCUUCUGCGGCAGCACAGCCUAUGCCGCCCCCGAGGUGCUGCAGGGUAUUCCUCACGAUAGCAAGAAGGGCGACGUCUGGAGCAUGGGUGUGGUCCUGUACGUCAUGCUCUGUGCCAGCCUACCUUUUGACGACACAGACAUUCCCAAGAUGCUGUGGCAACAGCAGAAGGGGGUGUCCUUCCCCACUCACCUGGGCAUCUCGGCCGAAUGCCAGGACCUGCUCAAGCGGCUUCUGGAACCAGAUAUGAUCCUCCGGCCUUCAGUUGAAGAAGUUAGUUGGCAUCCAUGGCUAGCAAGCACUUGAUAAAAGCAAUGGCAAGUCCUCCCCAAUAAAGCAGGGGGAGAAAGCAAACCCAAAAACCCGCUUCUAGAAUGGUGGUAUAUGUUUUACACUUUAAGUUUACUUAUCCUAAAACUUACCUACACCCUCCCCAGCCUUACUACUCUUUCCCUUUAAAGAUCUUCAUGGAACCAAAGGGCCUCAUUCAGACUUCCCUUUUAUUGUUGCUGAAAAGUGGUUUUCAUACAGGUGUUUAAAGUUAAUGAAAACAGAUCUCAGAAUCAUACAAAGGGGAGGAACAGAGAGGAGAAAAAUGACCAAGAGCAAUUGGAACCAUUGUUGUCACAACUUCCUUUCCAAAUAAAAGCAGAAGUGCUGGGAAUGCAGAAACGGCCUCCUGACUCCUUGUCCUGUUGAGAGUCCUGUUGAGGCCCUGUCCCCUUCUCAUCCUGAAGGCCAACCUAAGUCUAGGAUGAGGACAAGGGACUUCCUCAGGAUCCAGGCAUCCCCUGCCACCCCUGUGCAGUGUGUGCGUCCUGCCCUGGCUCCAGUGCAGCUGCCGUGGGGGACAAAAACAGAUCCCCAGACACCUUCCAGCUUCAGUUGAAUCUCUUUAAUGCUGUUAACAGCAAGUCUGUAAAA